AUGUCAGUGUAUGCAGGUGACAUUAUAAACGCUCCUUGGUCUUCACGGCCCACGAUCCUCGAAGUUCUUUUUUUGGUCCAGACCGCCGAUCUGGACUUUUACGGCGUUCUCUACUCCAACCCGGAUCCACUCAAAUGGGACUGGCCGAGCCCGACUGGAAUCGCAUGGGUGUAUCACGAUGGCCUCCAGAUAAGAACGUGGCAGGAAGCCGGCCAGAAGCCUAGUUUUACAGAUUAUUCGUCAGAUUUUGAAAUAGAACAGAUUUUUGGACACUAUGAGAAUGCACAAGGUCAUGUCUCCUAUGCAGUCAAGUGGGUCGACUAUAACGUUACGUGUCCCACCUGGGAAAGUGAUAUAAAUUACUCCUGCAAACACGUCGUCGACUACCACCAGCGACUUUCAGCCCCGGGUUCGGCGCUGACGCGUCAUCAGCCUUGCUUCGAGGUUGUCACAGCUACCACCGUAUAA